CAUUGCGGUAGUUGUGGCAUGUGACAAGAGCCCGUAAAUCGCGGCAGCGGGAGAGGGUUCGCUUGUCACCGGGCAGAGAGUCGACGAGGGUAACCAUGGCCGCUAAGGGCUUUUGUUGUGGCGGGAUCAGUGAGGGGAAGCCUGUCACCCAGGACGUUCAGCAGCUUGCCGAUUCAGUGAAGUCUCAGGUUGAAGACAAAGCUGGAAAAACAUUUGAUGUAUUUGUUGUCAAAGCCUACAAAACACAACUUGUAUCUGGGACCAACCACUAUCUUAAAAUCCAUGUUGGUGGCAUUGACUACAUUCACGUCAAAGUAUAUGAAAAGCUUCCUUGUCAUGGAAGUACAAAGGAGAUACUGAGCAUCCAGAACAACAAGUCAGAGGAUGAAGAAAUAAAUUAUUUUUGAAUAGAAAAUAUCUUGCUGUCAGUGCUCUAGGCUUGUGCAAAAGUAGUUUGUUUUAUAUUUUUAAGCUUCUCUCUUUUGGCUUUAUCAAAACUGGAGACAUACUUAUUUUGCAUCAACUUCUAGCCAUAUAAACCAUAUUUCCUGGUUGGGAGAAGACUGCAGAGGUUCAAGAUUAUGUAUACCAUCCUUGAACUAACAUUAAAGAUUUUUGUAAUCAAAGGUUAUUGUGAUGAAUUUAAUUUGUGUAAUGAAAUGAAUGGGCACAAUUUUUGAACUAAAUUGUUUUUGUUGAGAUUAUGUAUACUUUAUUGUACUCUGCAGUUUACUUUAAGAAAUAAAUGCACUUGCUACUGCUUGUCAAA